AUGGAGCUGAUUACGAUAGAAGAACCGGAAAAAGGUUCAACUUAUACACAAGUUUCUUGGGAUGUUCACCGUCCCAAUGCUAUGCAUCAAGAAAUUUGUAGGUUAGAUUAUAAGCUUGACAAUACACGUCCCGGAUAUCUAAUAUACUAUAAUAUAAAUGAUAAAAAUGCAAAGGGAGUCUCCUGUUUUGUGCCUUUGAGACGUCCUCACAAUACCCCUAAUAAAAGUCUCAGUAAUGAAAAUAUUCACUGCUACUUCAUUCCUCAAGGAACAUCUCUUCCUGAAGGAUUGGCUUUAUUUUACACUCAUAAAAUGAAGCUUCGAUUUCCCUCUGAUGUUCAAGGAGCAUUGCACUUCGUUAUUGCCCCUACGAUAUCUAUGACAAAAGAAAAUUAUGAACAAUUAAUAAGAAAUUUAGAUUGGCAGAUAUGUAAUCUUAAAGCCUCUGCAGAGAUGAAUGAGCUGAUUUCUCUUGAUGAUGAUUUAGAUGGUGUAGAAGACUUCCGAAUGAAAGAGUUAUAUUGGCUCAUGGAAAUUUGGUAUAUGCAGACAACGUAUGCCAUGGACCGUCUUCAUGCAAAUGAUAUUCAUACAUGGAUCGCAUUGGAUAAACCAUCUUUUGAUGAUCUUAUCCAGCAUGAGUCUCGUGCUUAUAUAGUGUUUUCUGCCCUCUCUCGUAUGAAUGUUAGAACCCCAGCAUCGCAUGUAACAGAAUUAACGUAUUUGGGUGACAUUUUAGGCGAAUUAGAAGAUGCUUUUGGAUGGAAAAGCACAGAGUUGUAUGAAGUAGGAAUGGGAGAUGUUGAAUCAAAAAAGAAUAAAAAAGAUGAUUUCGCUGAAAAUUUAAAUUAUAGUGUUCCAUUUGCAAAAUUUCUUCCUUUAAUUAAUGAUAUUGUUAAUUCUUAUAACGAAAUCAUCGAAUUAGUAGAAGCUGCUGAAUAUAACAAACGAACUUGUAAAAUAUUACAAAAACGAGUUCGUAUUGUAGAAUCAGCCAUACAAGAUCUUAGAGGAGAAAGAGAGGAUAGAAAAGAUUUUUUUAACAGUAUAAAUUAUAUACAUUUACAAGAUUUAUUUGAUAUUAUAACACGAAUUAAAAAAUUUAUAUUAGAAAUUUCUCAAAUGAAAUCUUUAAUAAAAUAUAUUAAAGCUAAAAGUAUUGAAAAAACUUUUAAAGAAUUAUGUAAAGAAUUGGAUGAUUGUGUUAACGUAUUAUCUUUUUCUAUUGAAAUUAAAAUUACUGAUGAGUUUGAACAAUUAAAAGCGGAUCAAGAUGAUUUAUUUAAAUAUUUACAAGAAAUGAUGGUUGGUAUUAGUGCUGACGUAAAAGAUAUUGGUGAUGAUACAAAAGAGAUUGACAAAAACUUAAGUAAUCAGUUUUUUUCAACAGUUGUGAUGGUUAAUGCAAUGAAUAAUACAAUGGAAAAUUUUAUGAACUAUCAAACAAAAAUUGAUAGUAUCUUUCAGGAUAAACCACGUAAAAAUGGACGUGUGAUUAAAUGGUAUAACAUAAAAAAUUAUGAAGAAUUCGCGUUUAAGAUUAUCCUUGGGAAAAAGGACGAAAAGAUUAUACAAAACCAAGUUACAAUUCUUAAAGAACUUCAUGAUUGUCAAAAUAUCAUAAAAUAUUAUGGAUUUACUCGUGAUGAAAAUAAGUGGUAUUUGGUAACUGAAUGGGCCGAAUAUGGUAAUUUACGUGAAUUUUAUACACAUUUUAAAAAACUAUUCGACCUUAGAUUAAAAUUACGUAUGUCUCUUGAUAUUGCCCGUGGAUUAAAUUUUUUAAGAACUGUUGAGAUUCUUCAUCGUGAUAUUAGGGCUGAGAAUAUAUUAAUUACAUUUGAUAAGACAGCAAAACUUGCAAAUUUUAAAUUAAAUCGUUUCUCAGUUGCUAAAAGCAAAAAUUUAGAACGAGCUCGUUAUUGUGCACCUGAAUUGUUAGAAAAGCUUCCAAAUAAAUAUGAUUAUAAAUGUGAGGUUUAUAGUUUUGGAAUUUUACUUUGGGAAAUUGCUGAAGAAAAAACUCCGUAUCAAGAUAUUAAUGAUAUUCAGGAAAUAGCUGAUAAAGUACGUAAUAAAUUAUAUAGAGAACCAUUUUCUGAGAAUAAUCAAAUGCCAGAGGAAUUCAAACAAUUAGAAAUUGAAGAUUAUUUAAUUUUAACGCUACAUUAUGCAUUCGCUUAA